GAAUUAAAAUACCUGUAUUAUGUUCUAAACUCAAUAUUACUUUGUUUUCUCAAAGUUUACUCGAUUAUAUAAGCUAUAGAUUGAACUAAUUGAAAAAUUUUUCUAAAAUAUACAAAAGUUAUUUUAGAGAUUAUUUCUAUACCAGUCAUAAUUUUAUAAUAAAGCGCAAUACACAUACACAUAUCUGUACGUAGUCUGGUGAAUAUUUUAAUAGAACAACGAUGGAGUGUGAAUGUUCAACUUAUUAGUUAAAUUGAUAAUAAUUUUUCUAAAAUGUAUAUUUUCUUACAUCGACAAUAGAAAUUUGUGCUACUUGUCAUGCGCCGUCUAAACAUUCGUUCUACCUCACACUCUGUUUCAUCCAAUACUGAAAAUAUAUAAAAUUGAUUGAAUAGUUGUAAAAAUCUGUAGUUAGUUUAUUAAAACGAUUUAUUAUAAAUGCUCGACUUGAUGAGAAUUUUUUUCACUAUUAUUAAAAUAUAAAGCACUUUUUAAAUCGUGAAAAUUAGCUAGUUUUUCUUUGAUAUAGAGAGUUUCUCAAUUAUCAACACACACUCUUACUGACGAAUAUUUACUACACCAAUUCGGAAUUAAAUGAAUAUAAUGUAUUACUUUUACUUUCAAUGCAUUAAUAACUUUUAGACGAAUGAAUUGUAAUAAUUAGAUUGAUAAAUUGAGCAUUUACUAAGUGAAGAACGAAGUAGUACUAGUUGAACGAUUACGAAAUUAAAUUGAGUAUUUCAAUUCAGUGAAGUUCUAUAUUAUUAAACAAUGGCUGUAAAGUAUUUUUAUUACCUAACUGCAAUGCUUGGAAUCAUCACUGUGACUAUUUCUCAAAAUUUAAUUGAAGAACGUACAGCUUUUGAAGCUGCUUUUCAAGGAAAAUGCGGUCAAAAUUCACCAUGCGAACAACUUUGCUAUGAACUUCAUGAUGGCAUGUAUGAGUGUGGCUGUCGGGAUGGUUACAUUAUCCAUAAAAAUGGAUAUAGUUGUUCUGAGCUGAAUUCAACAACGCUGUUCAAUAGUAAAAUGGAUCAAAUCGACGAUAUGAUAAAUAGUAAUAAUGUAUCUAGUAAAUCUAAUAGUGAAGAAGACGCUAAAACUUCAUUUUCACUAGAAAAGCUUCUUCGGACUUCCGUAAAUCAGUCUCCAAAUGAUAUAAUAGUUAAGGCAAAUAAAAAUAACACCAAAUUAGCACAAUCCUUUGGACCUUCCAAACUAAAGGACUCAACUUUGAAUAACACAAUUCUGUCUGCGACGGAAAAUAUUUUAGAAAUGGAACCUGCUUGUUCUGUCGAUUGUGGUCCAUUGGGACUUUGUUACACCGAAGAACUAUAUAAUGAUAGAAAUGAUUUAAAUAAAAAUUACCGGAGUACAAAAUUAUUUAGACAACGAUGUCAAUGUCCUCUUGGGAGAACUGGCGAAUUCUGUCAAAAUGAGAUCGAUAUAAAGUCUCCUAGAUUUACUGGACAAAGUUGGUUAGCAUUUCCAGCGUUAAAAACAGCUUAUAAACACAUUCAACUCGAUCUUGAAUUUCGACCUGAAAAUUGGGAUGGUAUCAUUUUACUCACUGGUGAGCGUGAUGAUUUACAAGGUGAUUUUAUGGCUCUUAUUUUAUAUCAUGGAUUUAUUGAAUUUCGAUUCGAUUGUGGGAGUGGCGUAGGCGUGGUAAGAAGUACUAAGACUGUAAAAUUGAACAAGUGGAAUACUCUCAAUAUAUACCGUCAUCGUUGGGAUGCCUGGAUACAACUCAAUUCAGAAAAACGUGUUCAAGGUAGAUCUAAGGGAUUAUUUUCAAGAAUUACUUUUCAAGAAUUAUUAUUUAUUGGCGGUCCUGGUAAUACUACUGGAUUAGAUCGACUCCCUGUUAAAACUGGAUUUGUUGGAUGUAUAAGGCAUCUUGAAGCGAAUGAACACCGUUAUCGUUUUCCAUUAAUGCCUCGAGGUGAUGCUGUUAAUGGUUUUGACGUAGAGGAAUGCAAAGCUGAUAAAUGUAGUAAUGUUCCGUGUUCUCAUGGUGGAAAAUGUCUAACAACUGGUGGAGAUACUACUGUAUGUUUAUGUCCUCUUGGUUAUACUGGUGACCUUUGCGAAACCCGAGUCGAUUUGCAAAUUCCAUCAUUUAACGGAUCUUCCUAUUUACGUUAUCCUGGAUUAGGAGAUAGCUCUUUAUCUUGGCUCGAAUUAUCGAUAACAUUUAAACCUCUUGCACCUGAUGGCAUGAUUCUUUACAAUGGAUAUCACAAAGAUGGAACUGGUGAUUUUAUUGCCCUUUAUUUGAACAACUAUCAUGUUUAUUUUACUUUUGACUUAGGCUCAGGACCGGCAACUCUUAGGAGUAAGUUACCUAUAUUACUUGAUAAAUGGCUAGAAGUUAGAGUUUCGAGAACAGGACGAUUAGCUUCAUUAGAAAUUGAAAAUGAGUCUAUGCAAGAAAUCAUGGCUCCAGGAGCUUUUACACAACUCUCAUUACCAAUGAAUUUAUUUCUUGGUGGAGCACCAUCAUUCAAGACAUUUACGUUUAAAGUCAACGUGACUGCUAAUUUUAUUGGGUGUAUUCAGACAAUUGUACUUAAUUAUCGUGAGAUUGGAAUUUUAGCAGAAGCUCUUGGUGGCGUAAAUGUAGGCAAUUGUGGUCAUGCAUGUGAAUCUCGGCCUUGUGGUGAUGCUGAAUGUCGACCAAUCAGAGAUAGAUUUACGUGCAGAUGUCAUUUAGGAACACCACAUCCUUGCCCAGCACUCGAUAAAUUGAUAGUACCACAUGCAUUAUUGCCCAUCAAUUCUAUUCCACCUAUAAGCACGAAAUUAGAACGACAUGUGCCUAGUUUCACUGGGACUGAUAGUUAUUUGCAUUACAGCGAUGCUGAUACAAUGAAAAGGAUUAUAAGUUACCGAGUAGAUAUAAAUAUGAGAUUUAGAACAAGUAGUACUGAUGGACUUUUAUUAUGGAGUGGAAGGCAAUCAGAGCCGCAGGAAAGAGAAGAAAAAAAUAAUGAUUAUCUCGCACUAGGUAUUCACCAAGGUUAUUUAGUAUUAUCCUAUAAUCUUGGUAGUGGUGAAGCGGUUCUUAGAUAUAAUCUCACACAAGUCAAUGAUGAUCUUUGGCAUCGAAUAAAAGCAGUCAGAAAUGAACAAUGGUCAUCACUGAUAGUUGACAAUGGAUUAGGUGUAUCUGUAUCAUCACCCGGCCAACUUAGAGAGUUGAAUACAGACACUGGUCUCUACAUAGGUGGAGCUCCAAAUAUAGUCAAUACCACAAAUGGAAGGUACACGAAGGGAAUUGUUGGGUGCAUCAGUGAUCUUAUACUAGAUUCUGAUUUUUCGGUAGUUUUGUCAUCGCCAGAGCAAGCUACAAAUACUCAACUAUGUAUCCCUUAAUUAUAACAACAAAAUUUUUAAAU